AUGCUGAGCCAGCGAUUGGUGCGAGCAGCCGGCGCGGCGACCCCGCGUUCCGCGCUGCGAGCUUUCAGCUCCACGAGCCAGCAGCUCAAGGUGCCCUCCAUGGCCGACGUCAGCGCCGCGCCCAAGAGCGUCGCCUCCUUCAACGACAAAUCAAAGCAGUUCCGAGAGCAGUUGGUCGAGCAGCAGAAACAGCGGGAAGCAAGUGCGUAUACUCAAUCCUCCUCCUCCCCUGCCUCUUCCUCCGAGCCCGCCCAGGACUCAUCCGUGAGUGCUACUUCAGGACAGAAGGCCGAGGCCACCCAGGAGCCUUCGCGCAAGGCUGGCCCCCUGACCAACCUCAUCUAUGGCACAAAGGAAGGUCGCGAACUCGAUGCUCAGCUCGAGGCGAGCUUCAGUCAGGUCCUUGCCCGAGGCAAGUACGUCCACUCGAUCGUCCAGCACGAGGUCAAGCCCGACAAGGUGGAGGAGUACACCAAGCUUGUCGGCAGCUGGUACCCGCGCAUGGCUUCCAUGCCCGAGAAUAAGGUCCAUCUAGUUGGAAGCUGGAGAACCGAAGUUGGAGACUGUGAUACGUUUGGUAUUUUACCCUGCCGAGAAAAAACAACCCAUGCUGAAGCGAAACCACAUGAUGCUAAUAUUAGGGUCACAGUCCAUAUUUGGGAGUACCAGCGCUACCAGGGUUACCACGAGUCAAUCCACAACAUUGGCUCGCACCCCGAAUUCGCCGAGUUCGAUAAGAAGCUUAAGAGCCUCAUCACCUCGAAGAAGACAUCCCUCAUGCAGGAGUUCUCCUUCUGGCCCACCACGCCUCCCCGCCAGCUUGGCGGCAUCUUCGAGCUGCGAUCAUACACUCUCCACCCUGGCAACCUCCUCGAGUGGGAGACCCACUGGAGACGCGGCCUCAAGGCGAGACGCGAAGUCAUGGAGGGUGUUGGCGCUUGGUUUGUGCAGAUAGGAGACCUGAACACCGUUCACCACUUGUGGCAGUUCGCCAACCUCGAGGAGCGAAAGAUCCGCCGCGAGAAGAGCUGGAGCGUCGAGGGCUGGAGCGAGACUGUCCACAAGACUGUGCCUCUUAUUCAGAGCAUGAAGUCGAGAAUCUUGAUCCCGAUGCCCUGGUCUCCUGUGGCGUAA